AUGGCGCCAAUCCAUUCCCCCUUUCCAGUACGGGAGUCUGGCCACCUUCAAGUCUCCUCUAUUCACUCAAUUUACUACGAAGAUUGUGGCAUCGCAACUGGUGUUCCUAUCGUACACCUGCAUGGGGGUCCAGGAGAAGGAACCGUGGACUCGGAUAGACAGUACUUCGACCCAACCCACUACCGCAGCAUCCUCUUCGACCAGCGUGGCUCUGGCAAAUCCCUCCCUUCCGCCUCCCUCGAUGACAACACAACCUGGACCCUUGUCGCCGACAUUGAAGCACUCCGAAAACACCUGGAAAUCGAAAAGUGGAUAGUAUUUGGCGGCUCGUGGGGCUCUACUUUAUCACUGGCGUAUUCCCAGAGGCACACUGAGCGCUGUAUAGGCCUGAUCCUCCGGGGGAUCUUUACCCUUCGCCGCGAAGAGUUGGAGUGGUUUUACCAGAAGGGGGCAGACAGGCUGUUCCCUGAUUAUUUUGAGCCGUAUAAAGCUUGCAUCCCUGAGGCAGAAAGGGGUGAUAUGAUAAAAGCAUACUAUAAGAGACUCACAGGCGAUGAUGAGGAGGAGAAGCUGAAAUGUGCCGGUGCAUGGAGCACCUGGGAGAGUUCUGCAGUCGAGUUGAUCGUGAACCGGGAAUAUAUUAAAAAAGCAGAGAAUCCAAAAUGGGCCCUUGCGUGUGCUCGCAUUGAGUGCCACUUCUUUGUCAAUGCUGGGUGGAUGCGCGAUGGGCAAUUAAUUGAAGAGGCGUAUAAAAUUAAGCAUUUACCAAUAAUUAUUGUGCAGGGCAGGUAUGAUGUUGUUUGUCCGGCAAAGACGAGUUGGGACUUGUAUCAGGCACUUGGAGGGAAGGAGAAUUCGAAUGUAGAGUAUUCGGUUAUAGCGGAUUGUGGGCAUAGUGCACAUGAGAACAAGAUUGAGGAGGCACUGGUAGAUGCUGCGGAAAAGUUUAAGGCUCUAAAGAUGUAAAGAGGCAAUCCGAAUUGAAGGCCUGAG